AUGGACGACUUUAGCAAGCAAGUCCGAGCGCGCCUCCAGCUGCAGGCAAAGUUGAACGAAGUGAAAAAGCCAUCAAAGGAAUACAUGGGUCUCUCGGACAAGACGGUGCACUCGCCCGGCCAAACGGGCUGCUACUGCCGCGACUGCCUCAAAGUGCGCAAGGAAGAGUGGCGCAUUGGCGACAUCAACGCGACAGUCGUCGGGCCGCGCGACCAAUGGAUCAUGUACCAUUGGGGUUGCGCCGAGCGGGGCGCGCUCUGCUCUCUGUCGACAGAGCCCGUGCUGCAGCCGCAGGUCGCGCCGCCGAUACGGGAGACGAUUUUCGUUGAAGAUGCGUCGCGUCGCAGGACCAAGAUCGAGCGCGAAGCCAAGUUUCGCGCUGUGGCCUCAGGCAAGUACCACACACUCCUCCUCGCAGACUCGCAUCAGCUUUUCGCGUGUGGAGACAACACGUACCAUGCCCUUGGUACGGAGCCGACGCCGUCGGCCGAGACGGAAGAACUCGUGCCCCUCUCGGUCAUGCACGCGUUCCCGCCACUCGGCGGCUCCAAAAUCAUUGCCAUUGCAGCCACCGAGUACGCUUCGUUUGCGCUUGUCGACAAGCCCCAGGAAGCCAGCAUUGAUGUCGAGGCCAAGGAGCGCGAGGCCCAAGAGCCCGCCAUACUUCGGCGAAAGCGGCCCGCCUUGGUUACCGUGGACGCAACCAAAGACUUGAAUGAACACAACCGGCUGUACUCGUGGGGACGCGGCGAACGCGGCGUCUUGGGGCAUGGCUCGACGGCGUCCGAGGCCACGCCGCGCGUGAUAGCUGCACUCGCAAGCUUCCGCGUCACGCAGAUCGCGGCCGGCCGUCAGCACGUCUUGGCGCUCACGGAUCACCACGGUCUCUUUGCCUUUGGCGAUGGUCGACACGGCAAGCUCGGCACGGGCACGACCGAGGACCACUGGGAACCCGUCCGACUCGAUGCGUUUGACCGCUUCUUCGUGGCGGCGAUCGGUGCCGGCGACGAGUUCUCGGUUGCGCUCACAGCAAUCCCGACGCCAAAGAACGGCGCGUUCGUCUACACGUGGGGCCUUGGCGCGCAUGGGCAGCUCGGGCACCGCGACAAUUGGAACAGCAAAGUGCCGCGCGCCAUCGACGAGCUCAAGAGCGAAAAGAUUACCAGCGUCAGCGCCGGCGCGCGGCACUCGCUGGCCGUAACGACGGACGGCGAUGUGUGGGUCUGGGGCCACGGUCUCCAUGGGUACCAGCCCGACGCUUCGAUGGUCCACGACAUUCGAGCCGCGUCGCUUCUGUACCCACGUCGCGUGUUCCUCCAAGGCAUCCACGUCAUUGGGGCUGUCGCCGGCCGCGAGCGAACCUUUGUGUGGGGCGACCGAGCGGGGUUGAACGCGACCGAGCGACCACCGCUCGAUACGAGCUUGCUCUCGGGUAUGAAGACGACAGUAUCGAAUCGCGCGUAA